AACGUGUCUUACUUAAAGUGCUCUUGGGAGCGCCGUUGCGGUCGGCAGCGAGCAGGACCUGCCGCGCGAGGAAGAGGAGGCAUCUCGGCCAGGUGGGGCCACGCCACCAUGGACCCCGACGUGCUCAACAUGUUCGUCAUCGCCGGAGGCACCCUGGCCAUCCCCAUCCUGGCCUUCGUGGCCUCCUUUCUGCUGUGGCCCUCGGCGCUGAUCCGAAUCUACUACUGGUACUGGCGCCGAGCCUUGGGCAUGCAGGUUAGAUACGCGUACUACGAUGACUAUCAGUUUUGUUAUUCCUAUAGAGGAAGACCUGGCUACCGACCGUCCGUGCUGAUGUUGCAUGGGUUCUCAGCACACAAAGACAUGUGGCUGUCCAUAGUGAAGUUCCUCCCGAAGAAUCUGCACUUGGUGUGUGUUGACAUGCCUGGUCACGAAGGGACAACCAGGUCCUCGUUAGACGAUUUGUCCAUCAGUGGGCAAACGAAAAGAAUACACCAGUUUGUGGAGUGCAUCAAGCUGAACAGGAGGCCCUUUCAUCUGGUUGGCACUUCCAUGGGAGGGAACGUCGCUGGAGUUUAUGCCGCUCAGUACCCGGAGGAGAUCAGCAGCCUGACCCUUAUAUGUCCUGCAGGCCUGCAGACUUCGACGGAAACCAACUUCAUUAAGCAGCUCAAGGAGUCGGAGCACAUCGACAGGAUCCCGUUAAUUCCCUCGACGCCCGAAGAGAUGGCCGACAUGCUCAAACUGUGCUCCUACGUCCGCUUCAAAGUGCCCCAGCAGAUCCUGCAGGGCCUCGUCGACGUUCGCAUCCCUCACAACGACUUCUACCGCAAACUAUUUCUAGAAAUUGUGGAUGAGAAGUCCAGGCACUCGCUGCAUGAGAACUUGAGCAAGAUCAAAGCGCCGUUGCAGGUCAUCUGGGGCAAGCAGGACCAGGUCCUGGAUGUUUCCGGAGCCGACGUCUUGGCAAAAGCCAUUCCCGACUGCCACGUGUACAUCCUGGAGAACUGCGGGCACACAGUGGUGGUGGAGCGGCCCCGCAAGACGGCCAAGCUCAUUCUCGAGUUCCUGGCGCUGCUGCACAGCACAGAGAACAACAAGAAACAAGCGUGAGCCCGCGGGGAGCCGGCGCCACGUGGUCUCGCUUGUGAAGUACUGAUGCUUUGAUAAGUUCUCAGGGAUCUCGUUCCAAUCACGGUGGAUGUGCCGGAGUCCCUGAGGAAGGCAAAAAUCACAUCAAUCAAUAGCCCUACCGCCACAUGGGGACCUAGGGGUCAUUGAACAACCUACAGUUCAGUAAAAAUGGGAACAGAAUCUCUCGAUUUUCUACCUUUGCAUAAAGUAGAAGUGACCUGGAAUCACCAAACUCCAGCAAUGGAACAUGCUGAAACUCCUUACGCGGCCCAUGCUAUGUAAGCUACUGGCACACAGUCGUCAAUGACAUUUAUUGAAAAUACUUAUGAAGUUUAGGAAGGAAGAAACAUCUUGGACUGAGACUUCAGUAUUUCUCCUCCUUAGACUCUGCUGCGUUGCAUGCAAUGUUGUUAUAAGAGAAUCCUAAUGUCCCAGCCAUUUACUGACGUGCUGUUUAUGUAGCUCAUUAAUUAUGAUUUAUGCAGAAAAAAAAAGGCAGAAAACUUCGUGUGUGAGAGUAAAAUGACUGUAUGUGCAAAAUGUUUACACUUGUGGUGAGUGGAUUUUUUAAAUCCCUGAGCAGCUCCUGUGUAUAUGUGAUGCCUUAACAGCCCGGAGUAGCGAUGUCCGCCUGCACCCCGGCCUCCUCGGGGGUGGUUUCCUCUGAUGUGAAACCUGUGUCCUGUGGAAACUCAGCGUGGAGACAGCCGGUGUGGAGCAGUUGUGCAAACAAGCGGAGCGAAACCUCCCGGAACUACUCGGCGUGUUGCAGACGUGGGGCCCGAGCCAGCAGCAGCCCUGGGGAGAUGGGGUCCGCGCCGAGGGCAGGGCCGGCCCACGUCGGCUCUGCUGCGCCCGCAGGUAAAUCCUGAACUUCCUGAAUUCCGUGAAUUCUGCCAGUGCUGGCGUCAUUGAAAACACAUGUAACGGAGCCACGUGAAAUGGGAGAAGUGCAGGAGCAGCCGAGUGCAGGAGGGGCUCGCGUGCUCCCUGGCCGGUGCGAACUGCUAGCAGAUGUCUCGGGCUCCCGUGGGACGCAAUUUAAACUGUAGUGGUGUGGAAAAGCAAGACUUGGUAGUGUUUCCUUUUGAUAAUUUAUAGCGCCUAACUGAGCAAAACUACAUACAAAAAAGGAGAAAUCCAGGCAAGUUACACUUUGCAGCCCGCGAGGCACCUUUAGAGACGGAUUCUGCUGCGUUAAUCCUCCCAGAGGCAGCUCCUCGCUGCUGUCUCCAGCUGGGCCGCUGGACACUUGUAGCUGACGCGGCUGCAGGAGCCGCGCGGCGCCCGCUCGCAGCGUGAAGCUCUGAUGCUCCUCGCGGAGACCAGCGGCCCUUGGACGUCUGAGACCGCACGGUCCCUUGGAGCUCCUGGAGCGCCAGGACUAGCGACUCCCGAUGCUGUGUGUGAGCUUGUAUCCCCGAGGGCCGUCCCCGAGGGCCGCCCGCUCCCGACCUCC